AUGCAAGAAACGAAGACACCAUCGGGGCUUUUCAGGGCGAAACAGAACAGGUCUAAGAAAAAUUUGCACAAAUUAUCCAUUUCGACACCCGUUUUGAAUGCUAGUACUUCUACAUUAUCAUCGCCGCUGACACCAGGAUCAGACAAACCAACAGUGAUUGUCUUGGUCUUGAAGUACGUAUUCAAAGGAGAGCACAGCCAGGAGCUCAGUGUUAGUAAAGGAGAUCAUGUUAUAUUGAUAGAGAGACCAGGAAACGGAUGGCUCAAAGUGCAAAGCAUAGACAAAGCAAACACAUACGGACUUGUUCCAGCUUCCUACGUUGACAUUGCUUUGAAUGACAGCGUAAACCCAAUAAGUUUACAAUGGUUGAAUGCCAUUAAUUACGAUGUGGGACAAGGUGCUGACGUAGUUCGACCAUACCCUAAGAGCCUGAGUGUUACAAAUAUUUUUCAAACGGUAUCUUCAAGGUUUUGGUACAGGAUAGAGUUUAAAAUGUCAAGUAAAGAAUCUGUCUACGUCGGCAAGUUUUACCAAGACUUUUAUAAAUUACACAUGAGCAUACUUAAUUUGGUAGACCCUUCACAGCUACCAAAGUUACCGCAGCCAUUGGGACCACAAAGCUCCUUCAGCUGCGUCUCUAUAAGCAGUACGAAUAUUGAUAAGAAAUUUUUGGAUGACUUAAUGGUAAGUGGUAAGCAGAUGAACACUUACUUUGACUCACUUUUGAAAGUGAAAAAAAUAUCUACCUCACAGGAGAUUUACGACUUUAUGAACAGUUCUAGAAAGUAUGUAACAGGUGAGAAUGAAACACUACCAGACCUCGAGAUCAAUAAUAGAUUGUUUCCUGGUUCCAUAAGCGUCAUUGAAUUGAUGCAGACAUCGACUUUUUAUUCACCAACAGCUCCCCUAUCACCUAUAAAAAAGACGGCAUUCGAUAGGGUGACCGAUAGUGUACGUCCUUUGAACAUAGUUAAAAUUUCAAAUAAAAAUCAAGCUGAGCACGAGCCAGAAUCCAGUGCUAAUAAUCUUCAGCAUAGCACAAGCUCGAAUACUUUGAUGAGCUAUACAUCCUUGAUUGACAGAUAUGAUAAUGACGACGAAUCAAGUGAGGAAGCUGAUCUCGACGUAGAUCAUUCCACAAAUGAUCUGAUGAAGAACUCCCCUACAAUAUCGUCUACAUCUGUGGGUUGUGAUAGCAAAACUGACCACUGCCAUCGUUCUAACGAAUCGCAGUCCAGUGAUGAGUGCAAUUCUUCAUUGUCGCGUCCUUUUACUCCUAAUCCAAAUAAUUUUCGUAUGAGCGACGAGUUGAAUCCCCAUUCACCAGUCACUCCAUCAACGCCAAUAUUCGAAGAUGAUGAGCCUCAAGUAAAGAUGGCUGUUUCUCCCUUAGCUUUUCGCUAUCGCUCAGCUUCUACAGGUCUAGGUCAAUCUGAAGGAACAACACAAGCUUCUCAUAUCAAGAUCAAAUUAACCUUACAAAACACGGAUGACAUGAUCGCACUUAAAAUCAAGCGCACAAAUCUCAUGUCGAUCGUCUAUUUAAAGAAACUACUUUCGUAUAAGAUCUACAAAGAUUACAAUUUGAUCAACCACUACGGCUUGCGGGUCAAGGACAGUUCCCAGGAGCUUGAUGAUGAUCAACUCUUGGCAUAUAUAAAAUCUCAGGACAAGGUCAGUUUGGUCUUGGUACGAACACGGAGAUCCCAUCCUGCUGCAUGA